AUGUCCAGCGGUCUGCUGAAGGUGGAGCAGCCCUCGAACAAUGGGACGGGACUGGUGCCAGGGCGGUUGUCCCUCAGCAGCGACAACCUGGCGGCGGGCAGCCGACUCGGCAAUGGCGACCGAGGUGGCUCCCUCACGCCCAACUUCCCUUCAAUGGACCGGCUCAGCGCUCCGAUCCUGACGCGCCGAAAGUUCAGCUUCCCUGCCAACCUGCACUCGACCGCUCUGCUCGGUUUCCCGGAGAUGGGCCGAGAUGGAAUUGGUGGUGGACUGGGGCUAACCGGGGGCGCAUCUCUGUCCGCCUCCAGCACUGCCCUGUCCGCUCGUCGUCGCCUCAGCAACGUCAGCGAUGUCGUCACGCGCAAGCUCUCGAGCACGAUCGGGUGGAAACAACCGAUCCUUCCCUCGCAGGACAUCAUCACACAGGGGAAAUGCCUGUGUGGCCAGUACAUCCGGUGCCGGUUGAAGCGGUCCGGCGUGUUCAACCGGAAGCUUGGUCUUCAGCGCAUUCGCAGCAUCGUCGGCACGCCUUCGAUCCACGUUGUGCGGGAAGUCUUUCCAGCCCUACUAAGCGUCGGCGAGGAGCUGGAACGGAUGUACCCGCGUAUUUACAAUGGCAUUGCGCGUCAGCUGACGCGUUUUGGUCGAGGCGAGCUCAAAACACCGGAAACCGCUCCAGUGUUGCUGAGUGCGAUCGCACGCGAUCUCUUCAAAGCGGACAUCACGUGGGGCAAAGUGGUGUCACUGUUCGCAAUCGCCGGUGGGCUCUCAGUCGACUGCGUUCGCCAGGGACAUCCGGACUAUCUGCCCAAGCUAGUCGAGGGCGUUGCGGACGUGAUCGAGGACGAACUCGUCACCUGGAUCUCGGAAAAUGGUGGCUGGAUCGGCCUGGCCAACAAGGUGCGACCGCCGCAGGAGGAGAUCACGUUCACGGGAAGGUGUUUGGUGGGGGCCUGCUGUGUGAUAGGACUAUUUAUGUUCGUCUUCCUCUUGAAGACUCUAGGGUUGUAUUUAUUUCCGAAUAUAUUUGCCUAA